AUCCAAUCUCCAUUCUACCCUCUCCUCCUCCUCCAACCUUUCCACUCUGGGGUUCCAAGAGUAUUGGUAAAUUUCACAUCUUUGGGUGGAAAAGAUUGAAUCUUUGAUAGAAAAGAAUGGGUUCUUGGAGCUAUGGGUGUGGUGGGGGUGAUGAAUCAUCAGUCCCAAUGAGGGAUGGAAUUGGGAAGAGUAGAAAUUUGUGGGAUUUUGAUGGGAAUAAUCACCAAGAAUUUGUGGAAUUGGAUUCCCAAGAUUUGGUGAGAAAAGCUUUGGGAAAUAGCUCUUCAUCACAUGCUCAGUCAUCUUCUCCGACCAAGAGAAUGCGGGCGGCUGCCGCCCCCACCGGAGGGGUGAAUUCUCAGAGCCCUCCAUGCUGUCAGGUCCAUGGCUGCAGGAAAGAUCUGAGCUCAUCUAAGGAUUAUCACAAAAGGCAUAGGGUUUGUGAGGUUCAUUCCAAGACUGCUAAGGUCACUGUAAAUGGUAUUGAACAAAGGUUUUGUCAGCAAUGUAGCAGGUUCCAUUUGCUGGCUGAAUUUGACGAUGGCAAACGUAGUUGCCGGAAACGUUUAGCGGGGCAUAACGAGCGUCGAAGGAAGCCUCACUCCGCCAGGGGAGGGAGGCUUUUUCAGACAUUUGCUGGUACAAGGUUUCAAGGGGCAACUUUUUCCACAUCUUCUGUCGUUCACCAGGACGUAUUGCCCGAAGACGUUAUGCAUCCGCAGAGAUACGAGAUGAAUGUCUGGCACGGGAAUGUGAAAGUUGAGGAAGGGAUAGAUUCCAGUCCCCAACUAUCAUCAAUUCCCAUGCCAAACAGACAUAUUCCGCCGCCGAAAUCUCUUUACGACGGUGGAAUUAGCGACAUAACCAGAUGCAGGAUUAGUGAGAGUAAUAGUAAUAGUAAUAGUAAUAGUAAUAAUGCAUGUACGGGAGGGCCUAUGUAUCAUCAUAUCAACACCUCAUUGCAAAGAAGUAUGAACGGUUUCAAUUUGUCUUCUUCGUCGAAUCUCCACCAAAGCAUGUCGCGUUCGGGACGUGCUCCCUCUCUUCUGUCACCCAUGUCGCGGGCCCCGUCUUCUUCGACCGAAAACCAUCACCAUUACGACAUCGCGCGAGUGUCCGAGAAGCUGACGAGCGCGAUGUCAAAUGCAACUAAUGAUGUCCAACAAGGAAUGAACUCUCGCAACAACCCAGUUGGGUCCCACGAAAGUAGGGUCUGGGAAGGAAUGAACUCUUGCGAGAACGAUAAUAAUAAUAGUAACGCUCCUUUGCAGCAGAUGAUGUUGUUUUCGGACAACGGGCCGAGCUACUCGGUCGAUCACGUUGUUCGAGGAUCGGAUAACCGCGGUCGGGAUGGGCCGACCGCGGAUUUGCUCGAGCUGACGUCACAGCUCCAAAGAGCGGAUCAUGGGGAUGAUGAGAGGCAAAGGAAGCAGGAAAGCGGUCCUUUCUCUGGCUUCAGAAUGACUUCAAUGGUUGAAAGAGCCAUUGAUGAAUGGGCAUGACACAACAAAUACUUAAGCGUAACGCCGAUUGCAAUUUUCUGGCGAUUAUUUAUAACUGAGACGACCAAAAUAAAUAAGGGUAAAAAAAUUUUAACACCAGAGUUUGAAGGCAAAGUUUGACAUCAUGUGUUUCAUAGGCAUGAACAGAAGACACUGAGUAUCUGCUGUCAAACUUUGAUGUCAAGUUUAGUGUGACUAUAGUAUGGU